UUCACCACAUUUACCGAGUUUUGUUUAGCAGUAAUUUACGGUGAACGUUUCUUAGGACUUAUUUACUAAAUAAAUUGAGAGGUAUAUUGUAAUCAACAGACGUGUGACCAUAGGGUAACGUGAAUAGUUGCAGUGUACUGAUUUUUAUCAUGACCACUAUUUGUUAGAGAGUGCGAUUUUUCAUAGCACACCACUCAUCCAUAUCCAGUUGAAACCAUCUGCAAUUCAGUCUAUGCUGUAUUUCCGCAUCCAGCUCACCGUACCUUUGCAAACUUGAACCCAGAUACUUGAAGCUCACUAAUGAUUUGAGUUGGUUUCCAUGUAGCUCCACGUAAUGCCCAGCUUAUCAGAGUCAGUCCGUGCCAAGAGUUUACUUGGACCGAAAUUAGAGACUCCAAAGCCGCAUUUACAGAAAAGAAUGCCUAAUAUAAAGGUUUUCAGUGGCAGCAGCCAUCCAGAUUUGGCUCAAAGAAUUGUUGAUCGUCUUGGAAUAGAUUUGGGAAAGGUUGUCACCAAAAAAUUCAGCAACUUGGAAACAUGUGUCGAAAUAGGAGAGUCGGUUCGUGGAGAAGAUGUGUACAUAGUACAGAGCGGCAGUGGAGAGAUCAACGACAACCUGAUGGAGCUACUGAUCAUGAUCAAUGCCUGUAAAAUAGCCUCAGCGUCCCGUGUCACCGCCGUCAUUCCAUGCUUUCCUUACGCCCGCCAGGACAAAAAAGACAAGAUAUUUAGCGAAGCUCAGGGAAAGGCUGGCAAUGCUGGAGCGUCAAAAAUCGUCAUGAAAAACAAUGAAUGGAAAUUCCGGAGUCGUGCGCCGAUCUCGGCCAAGCUAGUGGCGAACAUGCUGUCGGUGGCGGGCGCCGACCACAUCAUCACCAUGGACCUGCACGCCUCGCAGAUCCAGGGCUUCUUCGACAUCCCCGUCGACAACCUCUACGCCGAGCCGGCCGUGCUCAAAUGGAUCAAGGAAAACAUUGCCGAGUGGCGCAACAGCAUCAUUGUAUCCCCGGAUGCCGGUGGUGCCAAGAGAGUGACAUCGAUAGCUGACAGACUGAACGUGGAGUUUGCGCUGAUCCACAAGGAGAGGAAGAAGGCGAACGAGGUGGCUUCAAUGGUACUCGUGGGAGAUGUCAAGGACAGAGUCGCCAUUCUGGUCGAUGAUAUGGCUGAUACCUGUGGAACCAUCUGUCACGCAGCCGAAAAAGUAAUGGAGGCUGGUGCGACUCGUGUAUAUGCCAUUCUGACGCAUGGCAUCUUCUCAGGUCCAGCCAUAUCUAGGAUCAACAAUGCUUGCUUCGAAGCCGUCGUAGUUACAAACACUAUUCCCCAGGAAGAACACAUGAAAGACUGUCCUAAAGUUAGGUGUAUCGAUGUAUCAAUGAUGUUCGCCGAGGCCGUUCGCAGAACCCACAACGGAGAGUCCGUCUCGUAUCUCUUCUCCAAUGUUCCAUAUUAGAAUAUGUUUGUACAGCAGAAUAUAUAUCUGUAUAUUUCCAAGACUGUGAAUCGUAAUGUGCGAUAAGAUACGGUAUUUGUCUCUGUCAAUGUGCUUGCUCAGUUUCAAAACAGUGGAGAGCAAAAUCUAUUAAUUUUAAUCAUGCUAAACAUAUUAUAGGUGUACUAGUUUGAUAGGAUAUGCUUAGACAGUGAAUUUUAUCUUUAUUUAAUAGUGACUGAUUUCGUAGAUCAGUUUCAAGGCUUCUCCAAAAGGACUUGGAGAAAACGGCCUAUUGCUGAACCUACCUAAAAAUGUUGAUAAACUAAGUAAGCCAUCUACUAAAUAAUAGAAUACCUCCAAUUAGAUCAAGUAAAUCUAUUAUUUUAACCGUUCUUAAUAUCUCAUACAUGAUAAUUGAACUCAAUUUGAAUUCAUUUGAGUGUAUUUUUAAUGCCUGUGGCAGUAACUGUUAGAUUUCGACAACUACAAUCCCAGGAGAACAACUUAUCUUAUUUUUCACGAUUGAAUUUUAUUGGUACAUAAUAUUUCGAAAUUUGCUACUGGCUAGCUAGCCCUGUCAUUGAAAACCAUUCCUUCCGUUUCAGUAAUAGAAAAACAGAAAUUUGAGGUAUUAAACUAUCGAGAUUUUGUUAUCUAUACAGUAAUAAGAAUAAAUUAUGAUUGAUUCAUAUUAAUUGCAAUAAUUAUUUUUUGUCUAACGGAUAACAGGUUUUUUCUAAACUUCACCGAAUUCCUAACCGAACCGACUUCUCGAUUGUAUUCGGAAAAAUAUUUAGAAGAAAAUGAGAUAGUUAUUUGUCGCAAAAUCAGUUUGAAUGACAAUUACUUGAAUUGUUUUUCUCAUCAUGGGUUCUCCCAUGUGAGAAUGAUUUUGUAAAAACUGGGGGAAAUGACAAGAGUGGCAAGAAAUAAUUUCUCAGUCUAAUCAUUGGUAUAAUAUUCAUAUUCAAAAUAUAGAUAUUAGAUUUUAACUACUAUUUAGCGGAAUAUUCCAUUUUUAUAAAUGUGUUUAUACUAUUUCUUUUAAUAACAGUCUAGUUUUGCCUUACUCAAAUUCUAAUCUUUAUAAUAUAAUUAUGAUAUUCUACUUUUAUAUUGAAUCGGAAAAACAUUGUUUCCGAACUUACAUACCCAAUCAUGAAAUUCUUAAUUACAGAUACUUUUCAAUGUUCAGAUUUUGAAACUGAUGAAAACUUUUUCAAAAUGUGCCUUAUAUUAAAAGCAUUGUUUCACUAGACUUUAUUUUAGUGGAAUCUACACGAAAUUUUCAUUUGCAAGUUAAUUGAUUGAUAAGUUUGUUUGAAAAUGUUUUGCUGCCAUGAUAUUCGUUAGUUUUGUUUUCUUGAAUAAAUUUCAACAAAGAAAUUUAGAGUCAUACGUCUUUUUGAUAGAAAGUAGUGUUUCGUGAUGUUUACCGAGAUAUAUGAACCCUGAGUCAUCAAAGCCUGACAAUCUUAUUUACAAUACAAUAUAUUCUGGUCUAAGUAAGUUUGAAGUACAUCGUUUUAAAAUUUCGGAUUGAAUUUUUUUGUAGACAGCGGGAGUCUACUCUUUUCAUAAAAAUUUUACUUCAUACUAAAAAAUAGGUUAUUCCACCGCUUUUAUGUUGUAGGCCUAUUCAUAGACGUUUAGUUAGUAAGAAUCAGAUUUCAAUGUUGAAUAAAAUUAUUGAUAUUAGGUUGAACGAAAACGUCUAUUGUGUAAAUUAAAUUCAAGUGGAUUUUUUGCUUCAACAGGGAAUUGUUAGUUUUAUAAUAUUUUUAAGUGAUAAUUAUUUCGAUUUUAAUUGGAAAGUAUAGAUGCAGAAUAAUAUGAAAUAAUACAGAUGCAUAUCAUGCAUUUCUAACUAUAAAUUGGAUAUUUUUAUAGUAAUAAGAUGAGUUCUAUUUUGUUGAGUACAAUAAACUUAAGGGUCUUGUAAUCAAGGUUCACUAGCCUUGUGUGAUUGAUUUGGUAGAGUAUAUUGAUUUAUCUUGUAGACAUUUUAAUACUAGAAUCUGUAAAGCAGCUCUCACAACCCCUGAGAAUUUAUUCUGUGAAUAAAAUAAUUACUUCUGUUGAAUAAUUAUUGUGAUUAGUAACAAUUGUUGAAUAUAUUAUUUAAUUUUACGGAAAUAUGGAUUUAAGUUUUGUUAGAAAAAUUGAUUCAUUUAAGUUCUUAAUUAAAAAACCUAUUAUUUCUCUUUCUAAGUAUUUUCCAACUUUUAUUGAGCUCUUCUAGCUGAUUUUCCUUUUUUUUGUAAGUUUCAUACUACAUGAUUGUCAUAUCCUUAAUUUCUUGGAGUAGAAAUAAAUGUUAUAUUUUUGUAAA